UCUUCCUCAUCCCCUCCACUGGGGGCUGAGGAAGGAAAGGGCUCAAGGAGCAAGGUUUAUUUUUAGAGAAGCCCCUUGCUCCCUUCCUGAAGAUGGGGGUGAGGCAGGAGGAGGCCUGGCUCCCCUCACCGUGGGGCUGUUUUCUGUAUCUGUUGACCCAGAGGCCAGGAUGGUGAAGGAGUGGCUGUCUCUCACCAAGGGGUGCCCAGUCGGGGAGAGCAAAGUUGAAGACUGUGGCCACUCUGAGCAAGCCACAGGACUCUUCAUAUUUGCUGUUAGUCUCAGUGUCCUCCUUGGGUGGAGGCCCCCUUGGGCCCAAAAGCCUGGAGGCUCUUACAGUCACUUCCUUCCUGAUUCUUCCCUCCCUGGAUGUGGAGCCCCUUGGAGGGGCCGCAGCGCAAGCAGCGGCGGGUGCUUCCUGCCAUUGUCUGUGACAGGCCUUGCUAAGGUCACAUCUCCUAGGGAGGAAGAGCACUAAUGACAGUGGCAGGACCUCAGACCACAAUAGCAACUGACACACACUUUCCGCCCCCCCACGCUGGCCUCUCUGCCUUCCUGCGCGCGAAAGAAGGGGCCCUCUCUCCAGCACCCACGGAGCUUCACCUGCUGGUCUUGGCUUUCUUCUCCCCUCCUCUCCGGCUCCACCCCUGAUGAAGGGGUCCUUGGUGAGUUUUGUCAUGGUGAUUUAAGGAACCUCACCUAGAAGUGUCCAGCUUGCAGUUCCCAUCAACGGGAAGGCCUGGUCUCCAAGAUGAUCAUAAAGGAAUACCGGAUCCCUCUGCCGAUGACCGUGGAGGAGUACCGCAUCGCCCAGCUGUACAUGAUCCAGAAGAAGAGCCGCAACGAGACAUAUGGCGAAGGCAGCGGUGUGGAGAUCCUGGAGAACCGGCCGUACUCAGACGGCCCCGGCGGUUCCGGCCAGUACACGCACAAGGUGUACCAUGUGGGCAUGCACAUCCCGGGCUGGUUCCGCUCCAUCCUGCCCAAAGCAGCCCUGCGGGUGGUGGAAGAGUCCUGGAACGCCUAUCCCUACACCCGGACCAGGUUCACGUGCCCUUUCGUGGAGAAAUUCUCCAUUGACAUCGAGACGUUUUAUAAAACAGAUGCUGGAGAAAACUCCAAUGUGUUCAGCCUCUCUCCUGUGGAAAAGAACCAGCUGACGAUCGACUUCAUUGACAUCGUGAAGGACUCAGUCCCCGCCAGUGAGUAUAAGACAGAAGAGGACCCCAAGCUGUUCCACUCCACCAAGACCCAGCGGGGGCCCCUGUCUGACAACUGGAUCGAGGAGUACAAGAAGCACGUCUUUCCCAUCAUGUGCGCCUACAAGCUCUGCAAGGUGGAAUUCCGCUACUGGGGUAUGCAGUCCAAGAUCGAGAGGUUCAUCCAUGACACCGGCCUGCGGAGGGUGAUGGUGCGGGCCCACCGGCAGGCCUGGUGCUGGCAGGACGAGUGGUACGGCCUGAGCAUGGAGAACAUCCGGGAGUUGGAGAAGGAGGCGCAGCUCAUGCUCUCCCGCAAGAUGGCCCAGUUCAGCGAUGAUGACGAUGAGACCACGGAGCUCUCCAGGGAAGAAGCCACCCAGGACCAGGCCUCUGGGGAGCCUGUGGAGCCCAGCAGCAACAAUGGGGAGCCCCUGGCAGGGAGGGGCCUGAAGAAGCAGUGGUCCACGUCCUCCAAGUCAUCCCGGUCAUCCAAGCGAGGAACGAGUCCUUCUCGCCACAGCAUCUCAGAGUGGAGAAUGCAGAGUAUCGCCAGGGACUCAGACGAGAGCUCGGACGAUGAGUUCUUUGAUGCCCACGAGGACUUGUCUGACUCGGAGGACAUAUUCCCUAAAGACAUCAGCAAGUGGAACUCCAACGACCUCAUGGACAAAAUCGAAAGCCCAGAGCCAGAAGAUGCACAGGAAGGCCUGUAUCGGCAGAACACCCCCGGGUUCAGGGUGGCCUCCAGCGUGGAGCAGCUGAACAUGAUCGAGGACGAGGUCAGCCAGCCUCUGGCCGUGCCGCCCUCCAAGGUGCACGUGUUGCUGCUGCUGCUGCACGGGGGCACCAUCCUGGACACAGGCGCUGGGGACCCCAGCUCCAAGCAGGGCGACGCCAACACCAUUGCCACCGUGUUUGACACGGUCAUGCGUGUGCACUACCCCAGCGCCCUGGGCCGCCUUGCCAUCCGCCUGGUGCCCUGCCCGCCCAUCUGCUCCGACGCCUUUGCCCUCGUCUCCAGCCUCAGCCCCUACAGUCACGAUGAAGGCUGUCUGUCCAGCAGCCAGGACCACAUUCCCCUGGCUGCACUGCCCCUGCUGGCCACCUCCUCGCCCCAGUACCAGGAGGCAGUUGCCACGGUGAUCCAGAGGGCCAACCUCGCCUACGGGGACUUCAUCAAGUCCCAGGAGGGCAUGACCUUCAGUGGGCAGGUUUGCCUGAUCGGGGACUGUGUUGGGGGCAUCCUGGCCUUUGACGCCUUGUGCCACAGCAGCCAGGCCGUGUCCGAGAGCCAGAGCAGCAGCCGCCGGGGCAGCGUGGUCAGCGUGCAGGACACUGACCUGCUGUCCCCGGGAAUCCUGGUGAAUGCGGCACACUGCUGCACUGGUGGCGGCAGCGGGGGCUCCAGCCUGGAGAACAGCCGGCAACUAAGCCGCAGCAACAUCGACAUCCCCCGCAGCAACGGCGCCGAGGACCCCAAGAGGCAGCUGCCCCGAAAGAGGAGCGACUCGUCCACCUAUGAGAUGGACACCAUCCAGCAGCACCAGGCCUUCCUGUCCAGCCUCCAUGCCACUGUGCUGAGGACAGACCCUGGCACCCGGCACUCAAGCAGCUCCACCAUGCUGGAAGGUGCGGGGGCCCUGGGCAAGUUUGACUUCGAGAUCGCCGACCUCUUCCUCUUUGGGUGCCCGCUGGGGCUGGUCCUGGCCUUGAGGAAGACUGUCAUCCCCACCCUGGACGUUUUCCAGCUGCGGCCCGCCUGCCAGCAAGUUUACAACCUGUUCCAUCCCGCGGACCCAUCGGCCUCCCGCCUGGAGCCACUGCUGGAGCGCCACUUCCACGCCCUGCCACCCUUCAGCAUCCCCCGCUACCAGCGCUACCCGCUGGGGGACGGCUGCUCCACGCUGCUGGUCGAGAGCGUGCAGAGACACCCCGAGCUGGUCCUGGAGGGCAGCCCCCUGGGCACCCUCCCGCCCGGGGACGGCUUCCUGGAAACCAGUAUCCCUGUGCCCGCACCCUCCUGGCAGGACGCCCCCCGCCAGAGCCUGGGCUGUGCUGAGUCGGAUGCCCUUCAGACCCACACCACCGUCUUCCAAGAGAUCACUGCCCCCUCAUCGCCCGGCACGGUGCCCCCCAGCCGCGGCUUCCGCCGAGCGAGCGAAAUCAGCAUCGCCAGCCAGGUGUCGGGCAUGGCGGAGAGCUACACAGCAUCCAGCAUCGCCCAGAAGGCCCCAGCACCGCUCAGCCACACCCCCAGCGUCAGGCGCCUGUCCCUGCUCGCCCUUCCUCCCCCAUCCCGCAACACCCCUGGUCCCCGCCCUCAGGCCAGGCAGCCGAGCCCCAGCCUGGAGAGGGCCCCUUGCCUCCCAGACUUGGACAUCGGAGAAGUUGCAGCCAAGUGGUGGGGCCAGAAGCGGAUUGACUAUGCACUGUAUUGCCCGGACGCCCUGACGGCCUUCCCCACAGUGGCCCUGCCCCACCUCUUCCAUGCCAGCUACUGGGAGUCCACCGACGUAGUUUCCUUCCUGCUGAGACAGGUCAUGCGGCAUGACAGUUCCAGCGUCUUGGAGCUAGAUGGCAAGGAGGUGUCGGUGUUCACCCCCUCCAAGCCAAGGGAGAAGUGGCAACGCAAGAGGACCCAUGUGAAGCUGCGGAACGUGACAGCCAAUCACCGGAUCAAUGAUGCUGUGGCCAAUGAGGACGGCCCGCAGGUCCUGACUGGCCGGUUCAUGUAUGGGCCUCUGGACAUGGUCACCCUGACCGGAGAGAAGGUGGAUGUGCACAUCAUGACACAGCCGCCCUCAGGCGAGUGGCUAUACCUGGACACGCUGGUGACCAACAGCAGUGGGCGUGUCUCCUACACCCUCCCCGAGACCCACCGCCUGGGUGUGGGUGUCUACCCCAUCAAGAUGGUCGUCAGGGGGGACCACACGUUUGCCGACAGCUACAUCACCGUGCUGCCUAAGGGCACGGAGUUUGUGGUCUUCAGCAUUGACGGCUCCUUUGCCGCCAGCGUCUCCAUCAUGGGCAGUGACCCCAAGGUGCGGGCCGGGGCUGUGGAUGUGGUGCGGCACUGGCAGGACCUGGGCUACCUCAUCAUAUAUGUGACGGGCCGGCCGGACAUGCAGAAGCAGCGAGUGGUGGCCUGGCUGGCCCAGCACAACUUCCCCCACGGCGUGGUGUCCUUCUGUGAUGGCCUGGUGCACGACCCACUUCGGCACAAGACCAACUUCCUGAAGCUGCUCAUUUCGGAGCUGCACCUGCGCGUGCACGCGGCCUACGGCUCCACCAAGGACGUGGCGGUCUACAGCGCCAUCAGCCUGUCCCCCAUGCAGAUCUACAUAGUGGGGCGUCCCACCAAGAAGCUGCAGCACCAGUGCCAGUUCAUCACGGACGGCUACGCGGCCCACCUGGCGCAGCUCAAGUACAACCACCGGGCGCGGCCGGCCCGCAACGCGGCCACGCGCAUGGCGCUUCGCAAGGGCAGCUUCGGCCUGCCGGGCCAGGGCGACUUCCUGCGUUCCCGGAACCACCUGCUCCGCACCAUCUCGGCGCAGCCGGGCGGGGCCGGCCUCCGGCACGAGCGGACACAGAGCCAGGUGGACAGCGAGCGCGACCAGCGCGACCAGCGCAGCGUGAGCGUGGCCGCCGGCUGCUGGGGCCGCGCGGUGGCCAGCCGGCUGGAGCCGGGUGCGCCCUCCGGCCCCAAGUAGGGCGUCCGCGAGCCGCGUGGUCUCCAUGGUGCUAGGGCCAGGCACCGCCCAGCUGGGAGGCCCGGCCGGGUUACAGGGCAGUCGCUGGGGGGGCAGCCUGGGGGCUUGUCCCGGCCGGCGGGGACACUGGCCUCCGCCGCCCUGCGUCAGGUCUUGGGAUAGGACGGGUCCCAGCUCGGCCACGGAGACACGCACCCUGCAUCGACUUCGGGCGUCCGCCGCCGGUCCCCGGGUCCGCGCCCACGUGGCAGCAGCGCCCGCGGGAUGUCGCCGCUCCCUGUGCCCUGGAGUUACUCGACUGGCCGACGUCACCGGUUUCGCACUGACUUCGGAGCGCGGAGCCCGGGCGCCGCCCACGGCGCAGACGCAAGGAUGUGCACGAGCCCCCGAGUUGGCGAUGCGGGACUGUGAGCCGGGAGAAUGCAGGGCGCAGAGCCCCGCGCAGCAGGCAGGAGGCCGGAUCCUGGUUUCUGCUGCCCGUCCGCCCGCGGGCCCGCCAGGCCCGGAGCCCGAGCUGGUGCCCACCUGCCCCCGCGGCGCGGAGCCGCCGUCCACCAAGGCCCCACGCCGCGGCCCUGCCCGCGUUUCUACGCCUUUCUACUUCUCAACUCUGAUUUCUAUGAGGUUUUUUUAAACAAGCAAACCUUGGCUGCUUCCUUUUCUUAACUUUCCUUACCGAGCGCAGCCCCUCCACGUGAGAACACCCAGCACUGUGACGGAGACCCGUAGGGUUGGGGUCCCGAGCCCGGUGGGCCCCGCCCUGCACGCGGGGGCGUGGCUCCCGGCCUUCUCGGCCCCUGUGAAGCACUGAAUUUCUACUCGGGUGUGGGGGGACACACUUAGGUUUUUUUUAAUGCCAAUUCCGUUUUGAUGCCGAAUCUAAGAAGCCACAACUCGCUUCAUUAGCUUAAUGAGGGCGGCAGCCGCGACUUGUCUCCCACCUGGAGAAGGACCCUGCUCUGCUUGCUGGGCCUGGGCACCCGUCCCGGCGGCCCUCUGCUUCUCCAUUUGCGCACCUGUCUCCACCUACGUCCAUGUGCGGGAGGCCACCCGGCCUCGGCCAGCUGCCCAGUGGCCAGGUUCAGUCCCUGAGAAGCUGCCUCCAGUGAGGACGGGGCCGGAGGACUGUGGGCUGGGCCAUGGAGGUGCACGGAUGGAGUUCCCAUUUUCCCGUGUGUAGAUAUGUACAGCCGUAGGGGUGGUGUAAAUGUUCCGCCAAAGUGGGUCUCCACAGAGUGAAAGCUAUUUAUUUUGUGCAGAGAAAAAUGUCUGGAGGGAUGGAACCUUCAGGGUUUAUUCAUAUUUAAGAUGUAGCUUUUUGUCGUUUUGGGUGUCGUGUAUAAAGCAAAGACGCUUUUAUGGACCAAGUUUUAAUGUAACUGUUGCAGCAGAAGUGCAGUAUCUGACUCCCCUCUGCUCCCCAGCGGGAACUAGCUCGGCCCGACAAUCAGCCCCGCGACGGGCCCCUGUGGCCAGUGCCUCCUUCUUAUCGGUCCCAUGUUACCCUGUCUUGCCUCCUGCCUAGGUGACCAGCUAUCUGGAGAAGCACCUGGAAGAGAGUCUUGGGCCCACCUGCAAUAAAGGCCGGGGGCCUCCUGGCCCAGGGGGCCAGAUGGUCAGGGGUUUGGCCUUGCCCCUGGGACAGCGGCUGCCCCACGCGGCUCCCAACCCUGCCUGCCUGCCCAACAGCCAUGCCAAGGACAACAGCAAUAGUCCCCUGGGUCUCUCCCAGCGGCCCGCAGCCAUAGAUGGCCAGAUGGGCAGCACACCCUGGCCGCCAUGAUCUGUAUCCAGGCCUGCUUUCCGCCUUGUGGCACAUUCUCCUGAGGAAGCACCCAUUUUUUCAGAAACCAAGAGAGGGAGGGCAGAGUCCUCUAAAAAUACCAAAAAUGUUUACAGCGUUGGGUACUGAGCCACCUAGCUCAGGCCUGACGAGUCAUAACCAAAGGGUGAAGCGGGCCUCUGCUGACUGCCACCUGCCCAGGCCUGUUAGAGUAGAAGCCUUACCCCCUCCCCCAGACCCAAGAUGGAGCCCCAGCCCGCGGCCCCCGGACCCCACCACCUGCCUUUCAUUUCUAAAGUGCAACUCAGCAGAGGCCCCCACCCGCCCCUCCUGGCUUGUCUUCACGUCUCCGCCCCUCCUGUCUGUCCCUGUGCCAUCUGUAUCUCUGGGCCAGUGUGUGAGCCGUGUCCUGCCUCACCCCGCCCACCCUGGCUGUCCUUGCACCGUCAGGCCUGCGUGUGCUCUGCGUAGUGUCAUUGUAUGUUACACCAAUUAAACAAGCAGGAAGGCUUC